AUGUUCCCUGUCAUUUCCGGUUUACAAUCCAGGGCAUCGGGAUAGCUUUGCGUGUACAGAUAUCAAGAUAGAGAAUAGCCAUUGUAAAUAUUUUGAGAAGUCUGUCGUUUAAAGACUCUCCAUGAUUGUGUUAAUAGUAUCGUACGUCAUUUUAAACCAUUAACUGUGUAGCUAAAAUUUUUCUUUAUCAAAGAGAAGUUCCUACUGUUCCGAGAUGCCUGAGACCGAGCUAUAUUCCAAUCCGUUGGCACCGGAUAACCAUGAAGUGGAGGACCACCGCUCCGCUCUCCAAUCCAAGCUGACCAAUGAGGACUUCAGGAAGUUGUUGAUGACCCCGCGGGCCACACCAUCCUCGGCCCCGCCUUCCAAAUCCAGACAUCAUGAAAUGCCACGGGAAUACAAUGAGGAUGAGGACCCUGCUGCCCGCAGACGGAAGAAGAAAAGUUAUUACGCCAAGCUGCGGCAGCAGGAACUGGAGCGGGAGAGGGAGCUGGCGGAAAAGUACAGAGACCGCGCCCGCGAGCGUCGCGACGGGGUCAACAAGGACUACGAGGAGACGGAGCUCAUCAGCACCACCGCCAAUUACAGAGCUGUGGGGCCGACGGCCGAGGCAGACAAAUCCGCAGCGGAGAAGAGGCGGCAGCUGAUCCAGGAGUCCAAGUUCUUGGGUGGUGACAUGGAGCACACUCACUUGGUGAAAGGGUUGGACUUCGCCCUGCUGCAGAAGGUGAGGGCAGAAAUCACCAGCAAAGAGAAGGAAGAGGAGGACAUGAUGGAGAAGGUUCAAAAGGAAGUCAAGAAGGACGAAGAUCCAGAACAGAAGAUUGAGUUCAAGACCCGCCUGGGGAGGAACAUCUACCGCAUCCUGUUCAAGGGGCGUCAGUAUGAGCGGAACGAGCUCUUCCUGCCGGGGCGCAUGGCCUACGUGGUGGACCUGGAGGACGAGUACGCGGACACGGACAUCCCCACCACCCUCAUCCGCAGCAAGGCCGACUGCCCCACCAUGGAGGCCCAGACUACACUGACCACCAAUGACAUCGUCAUCAGCAAGCUGACACAGAUCCUGUCCUACCUGCGGCAGGGGACGCGCAACAAGAAGAUGAAGAAGAAGGAGAAAGGGAAACUCGAUGAGAAAAAGCCCCCUGAGGCUGAUUUGGGCAUCUUCGACGACAUCGGCGACUACAUCCCCUCCUCCUCCAAGGCCAUCCGGGAGAAGGAGAAAGAGAAGGAGAAGGAGCGCUACCGGGAGAGGGAGAGGGAGCGGGAGCGCGAGAGGGAGCGGGACAGGGAGGAGGAGAAGCGGCGGAGGAGCUAUUUCGAGAAGCCCCGAGCGGACGACGAGGCUUUGGAUAUUGAGAAAGGUCCAGCAUCAGUGAAGGACCAGAUCAAACUGAUCAACGAGAAGUUCGCGGGAGCAGCGGCUGCACAGUGGCAAGGCCAGGAGACGGCCGGCGUGCGGCGCGAGGAGAAGAAGCACGUGGGGGACUUCUUCGGCAUGUCCAACAGCUACGCCGAGUGCUACCCCGCCACGAUGGAUGACCUGGCUGUGGACAGCGAUGAGGAAGUGGACUACAGCAAAAUGGACCAGGGUAACAAGAAGGGCCCUCUAGGUCGCUGGGACUUUGACACGCAGGAGGAGUACAGUGACUACAUGAACAACAAGGAGGCGUUGCCCAAGGCUGCCUUCCAGUACGGGAUUAAGAUGUCCGAGGGGAGGAAGACGCGGCGCUUCAAGGAGACCAAUGAGAAGGCGGAGCUGGAUCGGCAGUGGAAGAAGAUCAGCGCGAUCAUCGAGAAGAGGAAGAAAAUGGAGGCAGAUGGGGUUGAAGUGAAGAGACCUAAAUACUGAAGAUCUAUUGUGCUAAUUUGUCCUUGUUUUACAUUUAACUUUUAAGAUAUUGACAUCUUUGCUAUGGCUGUUUGCCAAUAGAAUAUUUGAACUGCAAUACCUUGUAUGCUAUGUUUGAUUUAUGUUAGAAAAAAAGUAAGUCACGAUCCCUAAUAUCGUCUUACUUUUUAGUAUUAUUUUUUAGAAGAAAAAAAAUAUCUUGAUGUAAAGGAAAAUUAGAUAAAGGCUUUAAUUGGCUGUGUACGUGAAAUGCCUUUUCUGAAACCGAUGGAUGUUUGUGAUUGUAUGUGAGAUCCAAUAAAAUUCUUAUUAAUAAAACUA